UCAUCCAGACUCCCGCCUGCUGCAGCGGAUCAUGGCUGCUCCUCUGUCCGCUCUCCGACCGCUGUUCUCACGCGUGCUGCUCCCGCUGCUGCUGUUGGUGCCCCGGAGCUCCUGCGGCCUGCAGCGGAUCUUCCUGCGGGACAUCGUCGAUGUUUAUGGGCAGAACGGCUCGCUGGACCUCGCUGACGUCACUGGUUUACUGAAGACCAUCGUGCAGCACUCGGUGGACCCCAACAUUCCCGUGCACGCGCAGUGCAUGAAUGCAGAGGAGAUCCUGCUGCAUUACGGGUUCCACAACACCUCUGUCCUGACUGAAGAGCAUCUGUAUACUGUGUGUCCUGCGCUGCUCAAUAAAGCCGUGCUGCCGCCCUGCCCGACGGACCCUCCGACACACACCGAGGACUCCGAUCUACAUGUUUGGGGUUAUGCCUUCCUGGCGGUGACCAUCAUUAAUCUGGCUUCUCUGCUGGGCAUGACCCUCGUCCCCAUCACCAAAAAACCCUUCUUCCCUAAAGUGCUCACUUAUUUCCUGGGCCUGGGGGUGGGCACACUUUUCUGCAACGGUGCUCUGCAGCUCAUACCUGAGGCAUUCGGGUUUGACCCAAAAGCAGAUGGUUACGUGCUUCAGUCUGUCGGGGUCUUCGGUGGAUUCUACGCACUUUACAUCAUUGAAAAAAUCCUGAAGAUUGUCCUCAAACCAGAAUAUGAGCAGGGUCACAAUCAAUGCCAGUCUUCAGAAUGUGGCCAGCAGAACCCCGGAUUCACAAACUCAGAUUCAGAAAUGAACCUUGCCAUUAGUGACAAAAUCAGCAUCACCUCUGAACCCGCAUCCGAACGGGGCUCUUGCAAAUGGCUGAGAGGCAGAAAUUUGUCCAAUGUGAAGACAGUGGCGUGGAUGAUUAGUCUGAGUGAUGCUAUCAACAACUUUAUUGACGGAAUUACCAUCGGUGCCUCAUUCUCCGUUUCCCUCGUGAACGGAUUCAGCACCUCCAUCGCCUGCGCAAGUGAAGAAUUACCUCAUGAGCUUGGCGACUUCAUCAUCCUCCUGAAUUCAGGUCUCAGUGUCCCUCAGGCCGCCUUCUUCAACCUGCUCUCGUCCUGCUCCUGCUACAUCGGCCUGGUUGUGGGCAUCUUAUUGGGCAGCACUUUCAGCCCCGGCCUCAUCUUUGCACUCUCCGGUGGCAUGUUCUUCUACAUCGCCCUGGCUGACCUGUUGCCUGAAAUGAACACAAUCGCCACUGAAAAUGUGCACAGCACAAAGUCCGACAUCCUGUUUUUCGCCAUCCAGAACGCAGGACUUCUGACCGGCUUCGCCGUUAUUCUGCUCGUCACGCUCUAUGGAGGAAACAUCAGUCUGGGCUGAGCCUAUUUACACCAUCACAUUCUGCUUUAAAGGGAUAGUUCACCCAAAAAUGUAUAUUUACUCACUAUUUACUCUCCCUCAAGUGGUAACAGACUUUUAUGAGUGUCUUAAAGAUGAGCUAUUAUGCACAAAUUACUUUUAUAAGGGGUUUAAGCCCAGUUGUGUCAGCAGUGUGUGAAUAUCUCCAGCAGCCUCUAAUGACAUACAUGAAUAAUUGUAUGUGUUAUAAUCAGACUUGCUAAAACUAGUCUGCAGAAACACUUUGAUUGACAUUCUCCCUUUGUACGUGUCAUCAGAGGGGGAAAGCCCCGCCCACUAGUGCCCAUCUCUCCCUCAUUAGCAUAAACAGCCCUAAGUGAGAAGCAGCCAAAUGCCAUUAGUUUUGAAUAUGUCACUAUGCUGACACACAGGUGUUUGAAGCUCCGCCCUCUUCUGAAAAGAGCCCAAUCUCAUUUGAAUUUAAAGCGACAGUCACCAAUACGCCACAAUUAGGAUCAGAGCCUAAAAGGGUCAGCUUCAGAGAGCUAGAGAACAUUAUUCUCAGCUCAAACUUACACAUACAGUGACUUAUUUUACAUCUUGCGAAAAGGGGCAUAAUUAGUUCCCUUUAAACAAUGAAGAUAUUUUAAAGAAAACUCAAAACCUGUAACCAUUGAUUUGCAGAGUAGGAAAAACAUACUAUGGAAGUCAAUGGUUACCGGUUUCCAACAUUUUUCAAAAUAUCUUCUUUUUGUUUUCUAUAUAGAAAGAAACUCAAAGGUUUGGAAAGAGUAAAGGGAGAGUAAAUGAUGACAGAAUGUUUUGGGUGAAUUGAAAAACGCUUGAAAAUAAAUCACUAGGUGUAAAUAUAGGGCUGGGGGAUAUUACAAUACAAUUUCUUAUCAGUUGUAAACACUAUUUUCAUCCCCCCUCUGAAAUGUUUAUAAUUUUUCUGAUAUUUCAGCUGGGUUUUUAUUUGCUUUCAGAUUGAACUGGAAAGUGUUAAAAAAAGUGCUUCAAUUUG